AUGAGCGAAGAUGGUAGACUGCAAGACCCUAUCCUGCGACUUGAGCGAGUGUGUCCUGCGGCUGUGCAAGGUGAGGAUAUCACGCUGCUGAUCGGUCAGCGCAGCGCGAGCAUGCACAUGGCGAGGGAAGACGCGCAUGACAAGAGGGGUCACAUCGGUUCUGCACACCGUCGACUCGCGACGAAGCUUGCUUUGGCAGCGAUUCGCUCAUUUCUUGACCAGCACUUCCUCUCGUCUCACCCUCGAGCGAUUCAGUUUGGGCUCGAUCGAGACGGCUGUCUGAAGUUCUCGCAAACCGCGUCAGCGCUCCUGCCCCUUCACGCUCGCGGUGAUGAUGAGGAUGUUGCCAACCCCACAGUGCUGGUGAGUUUGGAUGCAAAGAACGCCUUCAACUCCCUCGACCGCCAGGCUCUCUUCGAUGCAAUCGAGGGACGUGCGAGUCGCGACUACUUUGAUGGGAGCAUCACUGAAGGCGCAAGCUUGCCCUCUUGCGAGCAUCUCCGUUUGUUCGCCCGGGCCUCCUACCUCUCCAGCUACUAUGGAGACUCUGCUGACCUUCGACUCUUUCACAAAAGUCAGUCAGCCUCCGUUCAGUGUACCUCGGGCGUCUGUCAGGGCGAUGUCCCCUCCAGCGUGUUUUUCUGCCACAGUAUCCACCCCCUGCUCCUCCAUAUCGCAGAGCUUUUUCCCUCUGUUCGAGUCUUGGCCUAUGCUGACAACGUCGUGCUUGUCGGUCCACUCGAGGAUGCCGUUGCAGCUACGUCCGCUAUGAAGAAGUACAUGGUGGCUGAUCUGAAGCUAGAGAUUCAACCUCGCGAGUCGAAAGUUUACAUCCCCUCCUGGCAUCAACACCCUGAUCUCUCGCAGCUGAAGAAGAGCCUUAAGCGCCGUCUCAAGACUCAACUUCUUCACUUCGAGCUCCGAGCGAAGGUUUCUACCCUCAACGAAGAGCUCUCGAAGCUCGGGCUCGUCCAGCAUGGCUUCAUGUUCAAGACGCUGGGGUCAUCUCCGUUUCUCCCGCGGGUCCAAUCACAGAUUCGUCGCUUUGACCUCUCUGUCCACCUGGCGCUUGAGAAAUACCACCGCUGGCCUUCCUCGCAGUACCUCGCCGCGCAUCCCGACCUGCUAGAGUUUGCGAGGUUCAAGCGGGAGCUUCCGCAUAGUCGGGGAGGGGACGAGUUCACGCCCUCUGAGGGUCUACACCCCGCUGUUUACUAUACGGCUAUCGCUCGCUUCCUCGCCGCUUGGUACUCUGACCAGCCCAUGUCCCGGAUGUUGCCCUCUCCUCAUAGCCUGGACGUUCACUGCUCGAGAUCUCUCCGUGCCCAGAAGCAUCCUCUGGCGACCUUCUUCGUUGAGGCGCACGACUUCGUCCAUAAUGCUGGAGCGAUCCUCUACCGUCGUGUCAAGGCUCCUGCACCGGCUGCAGAUGGCGCGGCGAUCCCACCUGCCCCGGCUGCUGUGCCUGAUGACGCAGGACGCCCCCCGGCAUCUGUGGUACACAUCCCUGGUUUGCGCGCUCUCGUCGACUCGUCAUUACGUUCGCUUAUAGCUUUAGUUAAUUCUCGAUCCUGUCCUUCUGGUACUAAUCAUGGACACGGCUCUAAUUGCAAUUUGUACCAGUCCUUCCCCCCCUGA